AAUGGAAAUUAUCAUUCACACUUUCGAGAGAUUCUUUGGUCCAGUCGAUUGGAAGCGUCUUAAGACUGAUGUACUUUGUUAGUCCUUAGUAAAAAUGUGAAAGAAUUGUGUUUAGGUAGAAGAGGGAUUCAGUCCAAAGGAAGCAAAAGAGUUAUCUUGGUUGUACGGCCAUAGAAAUAUUGGAAGAAACUUUGGUAUGGAUUUUAGAAUAAUGGUGUAGGAUUUGUGUUGGGAGUUGGAGUUGCUUAUUGUUGCAAUAGUUGGAUUACAAGAUGGACCUAUAAUAUUCCUUACCUGAGACUCCAUCGUUCUUCAUUAUGGGUAUCAAGAGCAUUGGUAGUGUUUGGUACUCUAUAAUUAUUUGAUUACUACUCAACUGCAAGAAGAAAGGGAGGUGAUUCAGGUUUGGGUCAUGAUUUGAUGUGGGUUAAUACCAGAUAUACAGAAUCUAAAGAAAGAUUUAUUAGAAAUUUUGAAGUUUUGAAUAGAAAAUUAUCAGAUAUUGAAAAGGAAAUCUUGACAGUAUGAUUUGAUACAUAUAAAUUAAAGGCAAGAUAAAUUCAGUUGACUUCACCAAUCAAGGAUAGAAGAUGGGUAUAUAAUCCAUAUAUUCAUGGUUCAGAUGAAGAAGCAUUUUGGAGCAAUGUAAGAAGAAACUUCUUAGAUAAAUUACCUCCAUGGGAGAGAUAUGAUGUUUAAUAAUAGUAAUUUCAAUUUUAUAUUCUAGGAUUGCUGCUGAUAAUAAAGAAAAGAUUGCUGAAGGUGAGUAAAUCAGAUUGAAGCCUUAUAAAUUAACAGACGAUGUUGAUACUUCAGGUGUUAAGUUUGGAUUUAGAAGAAACCCAUUUGUUAACAAUUGGACACCACUUUAGUGAGU